CACAGAAAUAUCCCUGUGGAAGCGCACAAGUGGCAUCUUGUGAAUACUGUGCCUUGGAAGCACCUGAUGUGAGGCACAAGAGAGCAGUUACAAGAUGCCCAGCAAACAGUUCACAGGAUGAUUUCUCAUCAUAAAUAUGGCUUUUUCAAAAUCUUCCCGAUUCAAAUUAUCAUUCGUCACCAACCUCAUUCUCCUGAGUCUCAUCAGCAUUGGAAGUGUAUUUUGUGUGGAGAACGUUACCGGAUGCCUAUCUGACCCUUGCCAAAACAACGCUAGUUGCGAAGAUGUUACUCCAGAAUAUAUUUGCAACUGUCCCUCAGUUCCAAUCACCUUUGUGAACAAAAUCUGUGAAAAAUCCAGUGAAUUUUGCAAUCCCAGCUCUUGCCAAAAGAACAUCACUUGUAUAAACACUGGGCAUCCUAGUGACCUUAUCUGUCAUUGUCCGCCUGGCUUUUCUGGAGAACUUUGUGAGGCAUAUGUCCAUCAGUGCGCCAACAGCCUUUGUGAGGGUGGAGCUAGCUGCCAGGCUGGGGCUGUCCAAGCCGAAGCUGCUAAUUAUAAAUGCAUCUGCCCAGAAGGUUACACGGGUACCCACUGUGAGGCUGAUGUGAACGAAUGUGCCUCCAGCCCCUGUCAGAACAGAGCUCUGUGCAGGGAUCGAAUCAAUGGCUACUCCUGUUACUGUGUGCCCGGCUUUCAAGGCAAACACUGUGACAUCGAGGUGAACGAAUGUGUUUCUCAGCCUUGCCAAAAUGGAGCAACGUGUUUAAAUAAGAUUGGGCAGUAUGUUUGCGCCUGCAUGCCAGGGUACACAGGUAGGAACUGUGAGCUGGAAAUUGAUGAAUGUCAGUCAGAGCAGUGCUUGAACGGAGCGACCUGUCAGGACUACCUGAAUGACUUCUCCUGCACAUGUGUGUCUGGUUUCCAGGGGGAUUUCUGUGAAACCAAUGUUGACGAGUGCAGAAGUCAACCAUGCCAAAAUGGAGGGCAGUGUGUUGAUGGAAUAAAUGGCUACCGCUGCGUUUGUUCUGGCACAGGUUUCAUGGGCCUUCACUGUGAAAUUCGCAUUCCACCCUGCUUAUCACAGCCCUGUUUUAACAAUGCUACUUGUGAGGAACGUGGUGGGAACUACACAUGCCAGUGCUGGCCAGGCUUCACAGGCAGUGACUGUGAGAUGGAUGUAAGUGAAUGCAGCAGUAACCCUUGCCUCUCUGGAAGCGAGUGUAUAGAGCUGUCCUGGAAGGAACGGUACGGAACAGCCCAAGAACUGCCUGCAGAAUUUGAUUACCAAUACGCUGCUGGCUAUGUCUGCAAAUGUCAACAAGGUUUUACAGGUGUUCUUUGUCAAGAGGACAUUGAUGAAUGUGAUAUGAAUCCCUGCUACAAUGCAGGUACCUGUGAGAACAUUGAUGGAAGCUACAUCUGCCACUGUCCACUGACUCACACAGGGGGAAUCGUUUAUGGUGGGCCAAACUGCACUGACGUCCUUAUUGGCUGUGAGAACCAUAACUGCCAAAGCGGGGGCACAUGCACCCCCUUCCUAAAGAACGGUCUGCAUGACUUCAGCUGCAUGUGUCUGAACGGCUACUCAGGGUCAAGAUGUCAGACAUCUACAACAUUUUCAUUUGAGGUGAAAGGAUACCUUCACAUUGAAACAUCUCUCAAGGAGGAGGACAUUUCUUUAAAUGUAACUCUAAGUUUUAGAACCGUACUACCUAAUGCCAUUAUAUUUCACCGAGGGAAUAAAGACGUUUUCAUCAAAUUAGAACUUCUUCAUGGCCUCUUGCAUUUAACCCUACGGAUGACAAAAGAGCAGAGCUUUGUUCUGGAGCUGCCCCACAACGUGACUGAUGGAGAGUGGCAUACUGUGGAGACAACGUUGGAAAAAAACACAUUUGAAAUGAAAGUCCUGGAUAGGUCCUGCAGUAACGACUGUGCUAAACAAGAGCCUGUGGGAGCACUUGAUGGUCAGCUUGUAUCUGCAUUACAGAAUACCUACAUUGGUGGUCUCAAAGUUGAUGGGUCCAGUUCCGAGAGCAUUAAUGGCAUCCACACCGAACCUUACUUGAUCGGCUGUCUGCAAGAUGUACAUAUAGAUUCUGAGUUAAUUCUCCCUGGGAAUUGGUCUUCUGAAUCAGCAUUGAAUGUGAAUUUGGGUUGUAGCAAGAGGGACAGGUGUGUUACCAACCCGUGUCAGAACAGGGGACGUUGUGUCAACCUAUGGCAAAGUUAUCAAUGUGAAUGCUAUAGGCCAUAUGAAGGACAAAACUGCUCAGAUGAAUAUGUAGUUGCCAGGUUUGGAAAUGACAACACAGAGGGAUCUGCUGUGUUCAAAAUCGAUGACAACCCAGGUGAGAACGUCACCAUUUCCAUGUUCGUCCGCACACGCAGACUCGCCGGCUUGCUGUUGGUUUUGAAAAACAGCACCUGCCAGUAUUUGAGGAUCUGGUUGGAAGAGGGCAGAGUGAAAGUUCAGGUCAAUCAGUAUCACACCCUAUCUGGGGAUCGUUUUAUUGGUGAUGGGCAUUUUCAUUUACUAAGUGUGAAAAUGGAGCAGAACAAGAUGGAGCUGUUCCAGUCAGCCCAGAAACUAAGUUACAUCUCUAUUCAUGCUAUAAAAGUGCAGUCAGAAGAUGUUGUUUAUGUUGGAGGCCUAUCAGAUGAACAUGAAGUGGCUGCAUUCGGGGGAUAUUUCAAAGGCUGUAUUCAGGACUUACGAAUCAACACUAAGCGACUUGAAUUCUAUCCUAUUGGUGCUCCUGUGAACUCUUACAGUAAAAGAACCCUGGUGAAUGUGACACGUGGCUGUACUGGGGACAACACAUGUGAGAUAAAGCCCUGCCUAAAUGGUGGGGUGUGCUACUCGAUCUGGGAUGACUUCACCUGCUCCUGCCCCCCCAGCACUGCUGGGAGAAUGUGCGAAGUUGUCCGAUGGUGUGAGCUCAACCCCUGCCCUUCAGUGGCUGUGUGUCAGCCACUAAACAAAGGAUUUGAAUGUAUCGCCAAUGCAACAUUUACUGAAGACAGCAAUAUAAUGUACAGGGGUAAUGGUAAGAUAGACAGAGAUCUCACUAACAUUACCUUCAGCUUUCGGACCAGGAAACAAGAAACUACCUUGCUCCAUGCUGAAAAGGGGUCUGAAUUUGUUACCGUUGCUAUCCAGAACUCACGUAUAUUAUUUGAAUUGCAGAGUGGGAUGAGUUUCAUUACAGUGAGCAUGAAGAGCCUUUUGCCAGUCAGUGAUGGCAGAUGGCACAAAAUGACUCUUUCUAUGAUAUAUCCUACAUCGCUAUUCUCAAGGUGGCACAUGGCAAUAGAUGGAGCAGAAGAAACGACCACCACCAGUGUAGCCACUGGAAACCUGAACUUUCUCAAAGAAGGAACUGAGAUUCUCCUGGGUGGCCUUGGUCCAGAUGUUGGAGGCAACCUGGUUGGCUGUCUUAGCACUGUAGAAGUCAGUGGCGUUUCUUUACCAUACUUUGACGGUGCAGAUAUUCACAUUGCAAAGCCUCAGCAAGAGCAGUUCAUUAAAACAUCGAUCAAACCUGCCAUCAUUGGUUGCUCAGGAGCUAGUGUCUGUACUCCUAACCCCUGCCUGAUGGGAGGCAGCUGUGAAGAUCUGUUCAAUCUUUUUAACUGCACAUGCCCUGCCGGCUGGGCUGGCCUCAAGUGUGACAUAAACAUUGAUGAGUGCGCCUCCAACCCUUGUAUCCAUGGCAACUGCUCAGAUAAAACAUUGUCUUACGAGUGUGACUGUGAACCCGGUUACACAGGGAAGAGCUGUGAACUGGAGAUCGAUGAAUGUGAAAAGCAUCGUUGUGUGAAUGGAGCCAUGUGCCUCGAUGGCAUCAAUAGCUAUUCCUGCCUGUGUUCUCCUAACUUCACAGGACCAUUUUGUGACCAGGGACUCAGGCCUGACAACUUUCCCUGGCACUAUCCCAGGCUGCGAUACCCUAAGCUACCUGUGUCAAUCUGUGGAAAUGGCAAAAGAAACUAUACAUGUUUCAAUGGAGGGAACUGCACAAGAACCAGAGGACAGAGGAUGUGCACUUGCUUGCCAGGCUUUACUGGAGACCGGUGUGAAAUGGACAUUGACGAGUGUAAGUCUAACCCCUGUUUAAAUGGAGGCCUUUGCCGGAACAUGUUCAACAAGUACCAGUGCCUCUGCGACAUGAACUUCGCUGGGGACUACUGUGAGCUCGAUCCUUGAACGAAACUGAUAUUCCUGAAACCCCUAAUGCAACAACUGUAAGUGCUUCAAAUUUAAAAUGGUUAAGUCUAAAUGUUAUCUUGCAGUUGUUUUUUUUUUUUGUAAAUCAGUUACACAGACAUAUUUAAACACUAACCAUGUACUUGUGAUUUUGCAGAAUUUGUAGUAGAUAUCGGCACAGGUAUCUUCAGCUAGACUUUUUCAACACACAAUUACUGCAAACCCUUUUUUGCAGCUUUGUAAUUCAACUGUUAAAAAUUUCACUAAUUUGAAUGAGAUGUCACAUGUAAAUGAUCAAACUCUGUACCUCUCUCGCUGUACACAGUGAUCACUAAGUAAAGUUAAGCUGCUAACAAUAUUAAUGUGAGACCCAUCUACAAAACCGUACUGCUUUUAUUAUCCCAGGUUAUUAUUAGAAACUUUCUUAGUAUUAAUGUAUGAGUUCCACAUGUUUCAGUACACGACAGAUAAUUUACCUUCAGGCAAGUUGUCUAAUAACUGUUUACAUUAUUUUCCACAGACUGCUCCUGUAAUAAAGGGGCCAGAGUUAGCAACCAUUCUUGUGCCAUGUGUCAUUGGAGGUGUAGUAACACUAGGAAUUGUUUUAUUUUUUCUGGUUAUAAAAAUCCGAGACACACAGCAUUUGGAGAGGACACUGAGCACUAGGCAUCUGGAUCCGACUGGAAUGGUGUUGCCAAACAACUCUUUCAAGCUCCCGCCUGUGGAACGACUCAUUUGACAUUCACAGAGACAGUGGAACAACAUGUGGGGGUCUGAGAGUCCUUUAGAAGUGCAUCUGGAAUGUCAGGUUGAUCCAGGAACUGGCAGUCCCUAUAACCUUUUACCAGCCAUAAUAGAGAGAGAAUCGUGAAACAUAAAACUGCACUUCAGUUGAAAAAGAUGAGUCAUAUUAUUGGGUAUAAAGCACACAGCUAAAAAUACAGAAUUUGUAGUUUGUACUAGCAGAAAUAUACAUACAUAUAAUGUAAUUCUGUAAAAUACUUCAGAUGAUGUUGAGGUGACCAACCACAUUGUGUACAGUUGUAUAGGCAUGCUGAUCAAUAUUCGAAACCAAAAACAAUGGGGUGUUUUGUUUGUAAUGAUGGAACAAGGACAGUUGAUGCAGGGCACAUUUAUGAGGGUUCAUUCCCCAAGGCAUGUGUAAAACCAGGUAUACCAAGGUUUUGUAAAAGUUACUUUAUAAACCAGGUCAUGGGACAAUGAUCUGAAUGAAUAUUUUUGUUGAAAGAAAUAGUUUUUGUGGUAAUGGUGAAAAUGGAUUUGAAGAGUUGAUACUGUUUAUUAGCUUAACUAUGAUAUACAAAUACUUUCCUUGCCUCAAACCUCUCACAUCCAGGCGGAAGUGGACAUUUAAAGUGUUUAUAUAUCAUAGUUAAUCCAAUAAACUGUAUGAACUCAUCAAAUGAUUUGAAUUAAUCGUCUGUUGAACUUAGCAAAUGGCCAAUUUCCUGAACAUUUUUUCUUCUUUCAACAUGUCUGUUUUGUUUUCUCACUCCCACUCCUCUUUUUCAAAACUCCUUGUGGCACCGGUACAAUAUCUUUCUGAGCUUCCACUGCACAUUAGCAUCCAGAGACAAGGCAUUUUAUAUACAGGUGAACUGAAUGCAUGCAUAAAAAAUUGGGUCCAUGUUACUGUGGUCUAUUUAGCAAGUCUAGAGAGUAUGAUCUUACCAUUGCAGCUCCAGUGCAUUUUAUAUUGCAUCAAGUCCUAAAAAAACAUUGAGACUGACUGAUUGUGACACUUUCUAGCUGACCACGGACACAAUGACCCCAGAGCUCAUUCUCUCCAUUUGCUUGGUCUCAGUGGCUCUACUCAUAGUCCUCUUCCUAGCCACCACCGUUUUCACUGUGCACAUGAACAGGAGGGCCACCCAGGGGACAUACAGCCCCA